AUGGAGUCCGCCGCCAUCAGGGGGGCUGGAUGGGUGGUGGGUAAGGCGCUGAGCCCGCUGUCCGGCGGCCUGGUGGAGGCAUGGGCGGCCACAACGGAGCUCGAACCCAACAUCAAGGCCCUCAAGAUGGAGCUGCUCAACGCGCAGGCCAUACUCCACGGUGCUCGGAGAAGGGAGAUCGACAACCCCGCGCUGGUGGACCUGCUGCAGAUGCUGCGGGGCCUAGGCUACCUCGCCGAGGACGUCCUCGACGAGCUCGACUACUUCCGCAUCCAGGACGAGCUCGAGGACACCUCUGAGGCCAUCGACGACCGCGGGUGCGCCCGCAACCUCGUCCGCGAUGUCCGCCACGCCGCCACUGCCGCCGCCAAGCAGCUCGGUUGCGCCUCGUCAUUGUCUACUGCUCCUGGUUCCAACGACCGCGCUGGUGAGAAGUCCAAGUGCGUGCGCGGGCUGGCAUCCCGUGCUCGUACCACCGUCCACACCUUCGGUAAACGAUUCCUCUGCUCUUCUCAUCAUGUUCCUGAUGAUAGUGAACGUGUUCAUACAGUACCGAAGUUGAAAUUUGAUAGGGUGGACGUCUCUAGAAAAAUGAAAUGUAUUACGGAAGAACUAAAGCCCCUGUGUGCUAAGGUCUCCACCAUUCUUGGCCUAGAGUUCUCAGGCUCUGUCGUUGCCAAGCUAGAUUUAAUGGGUUCUAGCCGCGGCAUUGGUAAUGCAGCUUCUGCAACUAGGACCAUAACCACCUCACAAGCUUUAGAGCCUACAUUGUAUGGGAGGGAUCCAGAGAAGAACACCAUUGUCGAGGACAUUACAAAGGGUGAACACAUUCAUAGAGGUCUCACUGUUAUUCCUAUAGUUGGUCCUGGGGGCAUAGGAAAGACAGCACUCACUCAGUACAUAUAUAACAACAAAGAAGUGCAAGAUCAUUUCCAAAUUCGAGCGUGGGUGUGUGUAUCCCUUGACUUUAGUGUGUAUAAGUUGACACAGGAGAUUGUGAGCUCCAUUCCUAAAGCAGAAGAUGAAAAAAAUGACAAACCGGAUAACGAGGUACAAAACCUGGACCAACUUCAGAAAUUGAUUGAAAAAAGACUAAAAAACAGAAGAUUUUUACUUGUUUUGGAUGAUAUAUGGAAAUAUGGUAAUGAAGAUGAGUGGAAUAGAUUUCUGGUUCCCUUUAAAAAGGUGCAGGGAAACGGAGACACAAUUCUAAUCACAACCCGAUUCCUUGAAGUUGCUGAAAUGGUUAAGAAAGGAGAUAAACUCUUGCAACUAGAAGGUCUGGAGCCAAAAGAAUAUCGGAGUCUUUUUCUAUCAUGUGUUUUUUAUGAAAGUAAUCAACAAUGUAAUGAUGAAAACUUGCUUGAAAUUGGGGAAAAGAUUGUGGAAAAAUUGAAGGGUUCUCCUCUUGCAGCAAAAACUGUGGGUAGAGUGCUGAGGCAUGACCUAACUGUAGAUCAUUGGACAAGAGUUCUUGAAAGUAGAGAAUGGGAAUCACAAACCCAUGAUCAUGAUAUUAUGCCCGCAUUGAAGCUUAGCUAUUACUACCUUCCUUUUCGUCUGCAACAAUGUUUUUCCCCUUGUGCAUUAUUUCCAGAGGAUUACAAGUUUGACGAUAACGAGCUAAUUCACUUCUGGAUAGGACUUGACAUUUUACAUCCAGGUCAUAUAACCAAAAGAACUGAAGAUAUAGGGCAUCACAACCUGAAUGAAUUAGUUAAUUAUGGAUUUCUCAAAAAAGAAACAUACCCUUCUGGUAGACACUACUAUACUAUGCAUGACCUGCUGCAUGAUUUAGCCUUGAAGGUUUCCUCACAAGAAUGUCUGCAUAUAGCUUCUUCUAGUCCAAGAGCGCUAGAAAUUGGACCAUCAAUCUAUCACAUGUCCAUUAGUUGUGCAGCUAAUAGUAUGGAUGGAGCUGAGGAAGAAAAUUUGAAGAAAGGACUAGAUAAAAUAAGGAACAUAAUCAAAUUUGAGAAUCUGCGCACUUUGAUGUUGUUUGGAAGUUAUGAUGCAAUGUUUCUUCGCAUGUUCAGUGAUUUAUUUAAAAAUGCAAAAUCUUUGCGUGUUGUCUUUUUGUCAAGAAUGUACUACCCUGUGCAGUCUCUAUUGCACAACUUCUCCAAACUUGUUCAUCUUCGCUACCUGCGACUUGUGUCUCCAAACUAUGGCUGUAAAGAACAUUUACCAAAAAUUAUCUCGAGAUUCUAUCAAUUAAGGGUCCUAGACAUACAACACUGGUACGGUUCUCAUAGUUUGCUUGGAGAUAUGACGAACCUUGAAAAACUGCGGCAUUUUCUAUCUCAUAAUGAUGAAUUCCACUCAAAUAUUUUUAAUGUGGGAAAACUACAUAGCUUACAAGAGCUACAGAGAUUUGAAGUUAGAAGAGAAAGUGGUGGUUUUGAAUUAAGGGAGCUGGGGAAACUAGAAGAGCUAGGAGGAUCACUUGGCAUUUAUAAUCUUGAGAAUGCAGUAGUAAAUGAGGCACAUGAAGCAAAACUAUCAUACAAAAACCGUUUGCAAAAAUUAACACUCAACUGGAAUAAAAAAAGGUCUAGCACAAAUCCUUCCGCAGAAGAUCAAAUACUUGAAAGCCUUCAGCCACACAACAAUAUUCAUGAGCUAUGCAUUGAUGGGCAUGGAGGCUCUACUUGCCCUACAUGGCUAGGUGCAAAUUUGUCCACUAGAGGUCUGGAGGCUCUCCGACUUGACAGCACUGAAUGGGAAUCGCUUCCACCCCUUGGAGAGCUAUAUCUUGUUCGCGAGACUGGAGAAGAGUAUUUCGGUUGCAUUAGAGGUCCGAACUUUCAUAACUUGAAAAGACUAGAACUCAUUGGGUUGCCAAGAUUUAAAAGGUGGGUAGCAAAUGAAUUUUGCCCUUGGUACUUCUCAGUAAUAGAAGAUCCACAAGGAAGAGGUCAACAACAAGAAGUAGCAGAGGAGGUUGCUGCGGAACAAGAAGGACAUGAUGGGCUGCUGCUCUUACCGGCCCAUCUCUCCGAUUCUCUGAAGUAUUUUAGUAUUCGUUAUUGUCCAGAGCUUAUCCUGACCCGCGGGGCAGGAGGAGGUCUCCAGGCCAUGCGCUCCCUGGAGGAAAUCGUAGUAAAAAAAUGCCCCAAAUUCCUCUCCGCCUACAAGGAUUCGGAUGCCUCUUCCUGUUGCCCUUUCCCAUCCUCCCUGCAACGCCUCGUUCUUCAACAUCGUAUGGAGGGCAUGGACACGCUGGUGCCCCUCUCGAACCUCACCACUCUCCAGGAAUUAAGAGUUACAUAUUGGGGCCAGCAUUUAAGGCACGAGGGCCUGUUGCAUCUCCUUACCCAGGGCCAGCUCACCACCUUAGAAGUCUGCCGUUGCCCCAAUUUCUUUGCUGGUUGGGACCCCGCGCGAGGGCUGCAGGGUGGAGAAGAGCAGCCAUCCUCCAAAUUGCAGGAAUUCGAGACGGACGACAUCGCAGGAGCCCUUGCUCAGCCGAUCUGCCGUCUCCUCGCUCCCUCCCUCACCAGAUUAUCUCUUAAAUUCAACGAACAGGUGGAGCGCUUCACAAAGCAGCAAGAGGAGGCCCUUUCUUUCCUCACCUCGCUGAAGGAGCUCCAGUUUCGGUGGUGCGACAAGCUAAGUUGCCUCCCGUCAGGGCUACGCAAGCUCACCACCCUCGAGAAAUUAGGGAUCAAUGGCUGCCCAGCCAUGCGGUCACUGCCCAGGAAUGGCCUCCCGAGUUCCCUGCAAGAGUUAGUUGUCUGGGAUUGCAUCAAUCUGCGGUGUCUCCCAGCAGGGCUACACAAGCUCACCAACCUCAAGAGAUUACAGAUCUGGAGUUGUCCAGCCAUCCGGUCGCUGCCCAAGAAUGGCCUCCCCAGCUCACUGCAAGAGUUGAAUCUCAGAUAUUGCGACAACGAGAAGCUAAAACAGCGAUGCAGACGGUUAGUGGGGACCAUCCCACUAAUCAAACUAUAGA